GAAGUGGACAAUCUAAGAAUGGGAAAGAUGGAGGAUUACUCUUGGAUGAUCCCAGGUUUGGAAGGAUUGCUAGAAGCUUCGUGUGAACCUUUAGUGUACGAAAGGACGGAUACUCCAGGUGUUCCAGAAACUCCAGGAAUUCCAGCGACUCCAGAGAGUGCCGUGACCGAGAUGGUCGUGUCGGGGGUGUCCAGUGGGGGAGUCGUACGGGUGCAGAGGGGUUGGUCCGAGGAGAGUGGUUACAGAUCACUCCCGGAAACUCAGAACGACUACAGAACUUUAAGUCUGCAAAGUCCUUACGGGUCAGACGAUCCUACGAGCCCUGAAGGAUACCGGUCCUUCAGGGAAGCCACAAGUCCUUCUGCGGAGUCGGAAGUGUCUUUGACUGAGUUAGGUAAUAUGAUGUUGUCCUCGGACUCUCUUGUGGGGACGCCGUCAAUGGUGCUCCAGGAUUUGGACAGUGUGAAUAGCGAGGACAAAGAAGAGUCUCAGGAUGAGAUGGUUUUGGUUCCUUCUGACCCCGCCGAAUGGACGGCCUCCCACAUAGCCUCGUGGCUGAGGUGGUGUUCCCGCCAGUUCCGUCUAGUGCCACGACCAGACCCCUCCCAGCUGCCUUCCUCGGGUGAUCUCCUGGUGGCCCUCAGCAGGAAGCAGCUCCAGGACCUCUCCGGGAGUCGUAGGACUGGCAGACUCCUGUCCAUGCAUCUGGCGCAUCUCCGGCAUCCUCUGACAGGGCGGAGCCCCUCACCACCGUCCGAAGCGGAGGACGAGGAGGAAGAAGAUCCCUACGAGUUGCUGAACGCCGCGUCGUCCCGUCUGGUAGCCCAAGGGUCCGGACAGAUCCAGCUGUGGCAGUUCCUCCUAGAACUGCUCCGGGAUCAGAGCAACGCCUCCUGUAUCGCCUGGGAGGGGAGCCACGGCGAGUUCAAACUCACUGACCCGGACGAGGUGGCGAGGCGUUGGGGUGAGAGAAAGUCUAAGCCCAACAUGAACUACGACAAGUUGAGCAGAGCUCUCAGGUAUUAUUACGACAAAAACAUAAUGACCAAAGUCCACGGGAAGAGGUACGCCUACAAGUUCGACUUUCACGGACUCAUGAUUGCCUGCCAAGCCCAGAGUCAGGGGUCGAGCUCCACGGACAUGCCCGGCUACAAGUAUCAAUCCUCCGACUUGGGUGCUUUCUACGCCCCCAGUGCUUCUAAGCUGCCCCCUUUACUAGCCUCUCCCACCCCCCAGCAUCUCUCAGCGCCUCCAUCGUACUACCCGCUACCCCUGUACAUGCAAACCCCUCCCCCCCGAUACCCACACUACCCUAACUGA